AACUCUUCCUUCCUCACGGUACCCCAUUCAAGAAACAAGCCAUUUUCUUUCUCUCUCUAAAACAUCUCCGUUGGUACAGGACAGGACAGGCAUAUCCAUUCUUGAAAACUUCUCUCUAGGGUUUUGAAUUUCAUCCCUGUAGCACAUAAAAGUCAUCCUCCUUCAUCAUCACAAAUCAGAAAAAUAAAAAUAAAAAAAUGACUACUACUUCUGCGGUGAAAAACAAUUUCUUACCACCGGACCUUGUAUCCAAUCUUCAAGAAGUUCUUCUCAAUAGAAAAGGCGGUGGCCCGGCCCAAUCGAAUCCCGAAAACGGCGACGUUUCCUCAACUCAGCCUUCGUCUUCCGACACGGUUCCCGAUGAUGACGUCACCGACAGCACAAACACAAAGCCAGUUGUAUUGGUUACGAAUGGUGAUGGGAUUGAAUCGACGGGUCUUACUUGUCUUGUUGAUGCUCUUGUUCGUCAAGGCUUAUGUAAUGUUAACGUUUGCGCUCCCCAAUCAGAUAAAUCGGUGGCGGGCCACUCUUUUACUCUUAAAGAAACCAUUGCAGUUACUCCGACUGAAAUUCAUGGUGCUACUGCUUAUGAAGUAUCUGGGACUCCCGUAGAUUGUGUGUCAUUAGCCUUGUCUGGGGCACUCUUUUCCUGGUCGAAGCCGGUCCUGGUAAUAAGUGGAAUCAACAGGGGUUCAAGUUGUGGCCACAAUAUGUUUUACUCAGGUGUCGUAGCUGGUGCUAGGGAGGCAUUGUUUAACGGUGUUCCAUCCAUAUCGAUAUCACUUGACUGGACGAAUGAUGAAAGUCAAGAAAGUGAUUUCAAGGAUGCCGUGAGUGUUUGCUUACCAUUGAUAAAUGCAGCCAUCAGAGAUAUAGAAAAGGGAGCAUUUCCUAAAAGUUGCUUGUUGCAUAUUGGAGUUCCGAAAUCUCCUCUGACAAACAAGGGAUUUAAAUUGACCAAGCAAAGUCUUUGGAGCUCUAAGCUUUGUUGGCAAGCUAAAUCAUCCACCAGAAAUCUUGCUGCUGGACGUUUUCUUCCAAAGCAACUAAACCUUGGGAUGCAGCUUGCACAACUAGGUCGAGAUGCUUCUGCAGCAGGUGCUGCUCGCAAAUUAGCUACGCAGAGAAAGAAUAUAGAGGUCGUUGAGUCUGUUGGUAUAGCAGGAAAAUCUGAUCCCGACAGGAAAGUCAAGUACUUCAGAUUGGAGUUGCUUGACAAGAAGCAGGAAGAAGAAGACGAGGCUUUAGAUUUUAGAGCUCUUGAAAAUGGAUUUGUGGCUGUUACUCCAGUCUCUCUUGUGACGCACGUGGAAACAGAUGUUCAUGCAGCUGCAUCUGAGUGGAUUUCUUCUGCAUUAGAAGUGGAACAAUGAAAGAUGAGCCACUAUUCACUACUUUUUUUAUUGUAUAUCUUUAGAUGACUUUGUUCUGGUCAUAUUGCUAAAUUUACACGGGCCAUAGUUGUGAUGCCUCGAUUAUUUAUUUGGUUUUUAAUUAUUUAAUUCAACCUUUUGAUUUGUGUCACGUGAAGCUAAUGCUUCCGCUGUUGAUUUAAAAGGCCAGCAUGUUGUAAAAGUGCCAUACUUUUUUGCUUGGUACCACAAAAUUGUGUUUUUAGGUUGCGUUGGGUUUUUAUUGAGCAAAUUGUGUUGUUAGACAGGAUGGUCUAACUUGUAAAUUGGAAAUGGCCAGAUGAAAUAGUGGAAUGCUGUUGUCUGUU